UCGCUGAAGCGCUGCGUGGCGGCGCCGCGCUCCUCAGACUUAGCGGGGAGACGCUGGCUCAACAGAACAGAAACAUCUGAACACUCCCCAGUGUCUCUGAGGUCAGCAGCUCAUCAUGUCUGGUUCUCCCUCAGAUGCCUGUGACCUCACCCUGGACCCCAACACGGCCCACAGACAACUCUCUCUGUCUGAGGACAACAGGAAGGUGACGCUGGUUGGAGCGGUCCAUCCGUGUCCGGAUCACCCAGACAGAUUUGACUCCCAGUACCAGGUGUUGGGUAGAGAGGCUCUGACUGGCCGCUGUUACUGGGAGGUAGAGAGGAAAGGAGAGGUUUAUAUAGGAGUGACAUACAGAGGAAUCACAAGGAGAGGAGGGGGUGGUGACAGCAGGCUUGGAGAGAACAACAAGUCCUGGGUUCUUUAUUGUUAUGAUGGUCGUUACUAUGCCCGGUACAACGGUACAGAGACAGUCCUCCCUCUCCCCCCCGCUGGCUCCACCAGAGUAGGAGUGUAUCUGGACCGGCCUGCUGGCUCUCUGUCCUUCUACAGAGUGUCCCCAGGUGGAGGAGGGUCCUCAGGCACACUGACACACCUCCACACCUUCUGGUCCUCCUUC